CUUCCUGUGCCCCGGCUGCCGUCCGGGCUGCAGCCCUCGCUAGGGCCGGGCCACGUUCCCCGCCCGCGGGCAGCGGGUGUCAUUAGCCGGGGCCACCAGGGGGCUCCGGAGGCUGCGCUCGCUGCCUCUCGCUCUGCUCGGGGUCGGAGCUUCCCGGGUCAGACGCUGCCGCCGCCUCCAUUGUCUGGGACGUGGGAGCGGGACCGAGCAGUGGGCGGCCGCAGCGGGGUCUCUCCCCGCCCCAGCUCCGGAGCCGGAGCCGGAGCCGGAGCCUGCAGGGGAUGCAGAGACCCGAGGCACCGCGCUGGGGCCGGGAGGGGAAACAGCGCUGGGAGAUCUCGGGGGUCCUGGAGAAAAGCUCCAGCCAGGGCACAGGGUGGGAGCUGGGUCCCCGCUGUCUGUCACCCUCGGGAGAGGAGUGGCUGGAAAAUAACGGCUGAAGAAUAACGUCCCUGUUUUGAUCCAGAUCGUCCCAUCCUCCCAGGGGACAGGGCAGGGAAAUGGCUGAAGUGGAACAAGCUCAGGGGCCAGUGACCUUCGAGGAGGUGGCUGUGUAUUUCACAGAGGAGGAAUGGACUCUACUGGACCUAUGUCAGAGAAACCUCUACAUGGAUGUGAUGCAGGAGAAUUAUGAGAACGUGACCUCGCUGGGAUUUCCCAUUCCCCAACUUGAGGUAAUCUCCCAGCUGGAACAAGGGGAAGAACUGUGGGUCACAGAGCUAUGGGGCUAUGUGGAAAGGGAGAUCCCGAGAAACCUCAGCCCAGCAGGGGAUGGGUUGGUGGGUGAGAAUGAGGAGAAGAAUCCUGAACAGGAAGAUCCUGAGCAAGUAGAACCACAGGGGACUGUACUGGGAAGAUCUGAAGGCGAUGUUUCCCAGAGUCUGGAGCAGGGGAAUACCUGUGAGGGUCAGCCCAGACCAGAGAGGCUGCAGGGAGACCACCAAGGGGAGAGACAGAGUAAAUCCACUCUCCGAGAUGGAAGUUUGAAUAACGUGAAUGAAACUAUGAUCCGCCCGAGGAUCUGCACUGAAGAGAAACCGUAUGAAGAUGAUGGAUGCAGGAAAAAUUUCAGUGGGAGUCCAAACCUGUUUGUACAGCGAAGAAUCCAUAAUGGAGAGAAAAUCUAUAAAUGCCUCGAGUGUGGGAAAAGCUUCAGUCGUAGCUCAAACCUCAUUGCACAUCAGAGAGUCCAUACAGGAGAGAGACCCUAUAAAUGCCCAGAAUGUGGGAAAAGCUUCAGCCGCGGCUCAAACCUCAUUGCGCAUCAGAGCAUCCAUACGGGAGAGAGACCCUAUAAAUGCCCUGACUGUGGGAAAAGCUUCAGCCGCAGCUCAAACCUCAUUGUACAUCAGAGUGUCCAUACGGGAGAGAGACCCUAUAAAUGCCGCGAGUGUGGGAAAAGCUUCAGUUGUAGCUCACAUCUCAUUGUACAUCAGAGAGUCCAUACGGGAGAGAGACCCUAUAAAUGCCUCAAAUGUGGGACAAGCUUCAGUUGUAGCUCACAUCUCAUUGCACAUGAGAGAGUCCAUACCGGGGAGAGACCCUAUAAAUGCCUUGAAUGUGGGAAAAGCUUCAGUUGUAGCUCACACCUCAUUGCACAUCUGAAUGUCCAUACAGGACAGAGACCCUAUAGAUGCCUCAACUGUGGGAAAAGCUUCAGUGGUAGCUCAAACCUCAUUGCACAUCAGAGAGUCCAUACUGGAGAGAGACCCUAUAAAUGCCCCAAGUGUGGGAAAAGCUUCAGUCGUAGCUCACAUCUCAUUACACAUCAGAAAGUGCACAUGGGAGAGAGACCCUAUAGUUGCCUUGACUGUUGGUAAAGCUUCAGUUAUAGCUCAGUCCCUAUUAAACAUCAGAGAACUGAUACUCUAGGGAGACCCUAUAAGUGUUCUGUCUGUAGGAAAAGCUACAAGGCAAAGGUUGCUCUAAUAUCCCACAGGAUAGAAAGAAAGUGGUGGGAGCUCUCCCUGGGGGCAAAUGGUUCUGUGUCCUCCUGCAGCAAAGUGUAAAUGUGGAGGGUCUGGAUAGGAGUAGAAGGCAAGUGGAUGAUUUGGAUUUCAGGGGAGGAUGGUUGGUGUUGGCCAGGGAGGAAGGAACUCUUGGUACUGAGGAGCUGGUCAUUUUAUAGUCGGGGGGAGCAGGUGAUGGGAUGAAUUGGGUGACGAUUCUGUGGGUUCCACACACACUUUAGAGUACAGAGAAGAGUUACUGUUUGUGUCAGGCUCAUCUCUGCCUCUUGGGACGGAGGUAGGGGGAUGUUAUUCAAGGAAGCAGUGAAGGGGGCCUGUGGGUCUGUAGUUAUAAGGCAGUGAGAGCUGCUGGUCUGAAGUGACAGGAUUUCAGAGCAGUGCUCAGUGUACUGGCUAUCUCUGCAGACAGUGAGGUGGGCUGGAGCCAGAUGAGGAGGUGAGACCUUUGGGAUAUUGCACUGUUGCUGUGUGGGCAGUAUGGUGUAAGGAGGGGAUUAGGAAUCAGGACUCCUGGCUUCUGUUCUCCACUCCGGGUGGGGCGUAGGAUCUAAGUACUCCUUGGGGAAUUCUGCACCAAAAAAUUAAAAAUUAUAUGCCAAAAAAAUUAAAAUUCUGUAGGCAAUAUUUUAAAAUUCUGCAAAAUUGUAUUGGUCCAAAUAACACUACAUAAU